UCCCCAUAUUUGGCCUUGUGAAAGCGUAAACACACUGAUGAUUUAUUCUCGAGGAAGAACCAAAACAGUUUGUCCUCAGUUACCAUGACCAAGCUAUUGCUUGUGCUUUCUCGAUUUGAGUAUCUUGAGAAAAGGGCGCUCGUUAAACCGAAACCACUGUUGUGAAGAAUAAGUCAACGAUAAUAACUCGUAGCAUUGUUUGUCCUUUUGACAAGAUAACUAAGGUGCUAGCUAGCAAGCACGUAUUAACUAGCUAGCUACGUACUUUAACCUAGCUAUAUCUUCACCUUUCUACAAUAAGGAUGUGUGCAGAUGUGUGGUCCAUGGGGAAUCCACUGAGGUUGCUGGCCUUUGCCAUCUUCUGCAUUCUGGUGCCCUCCCCUGGUCAUGCCUUCAUUUAUACUCACUAUGGUAACAUGACCUCCAAGCUACUGGAUGAUCUGCCUGCUCUGUUUGGCUCUCCCCUGCCUGAGGAUGGUCUGAUGGGUUUGCUGGUAGAGUCUCAUCCUCUGAAUGCCUGCACCCCCAUUGACCCUGCCCCUGCCUCGCCUACCCCCACCGGUCCCAACAGCACCACCAAAUAUAUCGUUCUGAUCCGCCGCUAUGACUGCAACUUUGAUAUUAAGGUGCUGCAUGCCCAGCUAGCAGGCUACAGUGCUGCCAUCAUCCACAACAUGUACUCGAACACACUGCUCAACAUGAACUACAGCAACGAAACAAUUGCAGAAGAGAUCGUGAUCCCCUCGGUGUUCACGAGCUACUAUGCCUCUGAAAUCCUCCACAGUUUCAUCAUAACUGAGAAAGGGGCCUACGUCAUCCUAAAGCCAGACCCCACCUUUCCCUUCUCCUUGUACCUCAUCCCUUUCACUGGAGUGGUGGGCCUCAUCAUUAUCGUCAUGGUUAUUAUCCUGAUUGUGCGUUGCGUGCAGUACAGGAAGACGCUCCGGAAGAACAGACUGACUAAAGAGGAGCUGAGAAAGAUCCCAAUUCACAAAUUCACCAAAGGUGAUGAGUAUGAUGUAUGUGCUAUCUGUCUGGAUGAAUAUGAAGAGGGGGACAAGCUACGAGUGCUGCCUUGUUCACACGCCUACCACAGCAGGUGUGUGGAUCCUUGGCUAACACAGACCAAGAAGACCUGCCCCGUGUGCAAGCAGCGUGUCACACGUGCCAAUCCCGAAUAUUCCGAUUCGUCCGACUCUGACGAAGAGGUUGGGCCUCACAGGGGUGAUGAUGAAGAAGGCAGGGCCGAGUCUGAGCGCACACCUUUGCUCCGCCCCUCUAAUCCUUCCUCACCGUCUCUGGGGAGUCCUCAUGCUACCGCCACCUAUGACUCCACUGUCGAUACAUUUCCGGCCAUCACCACGGUGACAACCUCCGUGCAGUGCCUGGCCCAUGUGCCACAGCAGGACUCGCCAUUGCUGGGAUACGACGGGUACUACUCGCCAAUGGAGAUUUCAGAAGAAGACACUGAGGAGGAGGAUGACGGACGCCCCUCUGACGAUGAUACCACUCAUCUUAUUGGCCGUGGACCCAUUGGGGUGUGACAAACACCUUGCAGGGGAAAAAAGAUUAGAAACAUGCUUUUUGUUUUUUUUGUUUUUUUUAUCAUUUUUAUCUAAAAAGGUAAUUUUAUUGUUUGAGGCUAGUUAGUGUAAAGAAAAGCUUCAGCAAAGUUCAUGUAAGAGGUCAUGUAGGAUGCUCAUCCUAGCCUCGCACUCAUCUGUGGAAUACACACCAGUGCCCCCCUGAGGUAAGAGAGACACCUGACAUCAGGGGCGUUGGUGCUGAACCUGAUGAGUGAAUUGAGGUAAAUUCAUCGUGGCUGUGGUGUAGGGAGAACAGAAGCUACAGACAUUGAGUGUUUUUUUGUAAUGCAUUCUUUUAUAGGUAUUGCGCUAUACGCUAUGGCACUACAGUGUUGUGCAGUACGGACCUGUUGUCAGUUUGUAUACCAGUUCUUAAGCAACAUGUGCAAUGAAACAGUAAAAUUACAGAGUAGGCAUGAAUGUCUCUUUUGGCUUUUUUUCUGCUGUUUUUUGUCUCUUCUUUUUGAAUGUCUUUUGUUAAGUAAAGUCUAAAGUCUUUCUGCAUUACACAAGUUGACACUUGUGUAUCUAAUGCAGGGAUGGCAAUAGCUGGUCCUGGAGAUCCACCAUCCUGCAGAGUUUAGUACUAAAAUCCCUGAUGCUAAUACUCAGAUGCUACUGAAGUCCCUGACUUAACUGUUAGAUGUAUUAGAUUAGGGCUGAAGCCAAACUCUGCACUGCUUUAGUACCAGAGUUGGAAAACCCUGAUCUGAGAGUUUGUGUGGGCUACUUUUGCAUUGAUGUGUGUAACUGACUGCCUAUACCCAUGUUUAUGCUCUUCAAAGCUGCAUUGUCCUGUGAUAAAGGAAUUGACACUUACUCUUUUUCAAGCAAGAAAUAACGUUUCACUUUACUUUUCGUGCCUAAAUUAAAAAAUAACCUGUUGUGAUCACCUUAAAGACAUGCAUUUUAAAAAUUUGCAAAUAUGUAUAGUUUUCAUUAAACCUUACCUGUCAUUUCAUUUUGUGAUAACAUUGAACACCCAUAUUUUUGUAAUAUAUUAGCCUGUAUCUUGAUUGAGAUGAGUUGACAUGAGGUGUCUUUUUUUUUUUUAUAAAUUAAGCACAUUUGAAUAACACUAUAAUCAAAUAGUUUACGUAUAUGACACCUGACCACAGAAUGGGGACCAAUAACUUGUGAUUUUAUUCCGCUCACCCCAUUAUUUUGAUUUCUAAUAUCUGUCUUUGUAAUGUACUACAUGGGAUUUCUUUAAUACUGUAUCAUCAGAUUUGUGCCAUAAAAGGAGUUUUACCUAUUGAC